UAUGCAAUAUUUGCUAUUGUAGUCAAAGCUAUUAAAAAGCAGAUAAGGAAGAUACAAAAAUAUGAAUAAUUUAAAAAUUAUAAAUUAUAAAUCUUUGUUUAAUUAUCAACAUUUAAAGACUUUAAGUUGUCGCAAUAUAGCAGUAAAAAUUAUUCAGAAACCAGAAGUGAAACAUGAGACGCAUGAUGAGAAAAAUAUUAGACUUCAAAGAGCACUUUCUCCACAUUUAACGAUUUACAAAUAUCAGCUAACCAGUGUUUUGUCGAUAACUCAUAGGUUUACGGGUAUUGCACUAACUGGUUAUGCAAUAACUUUGGGCUUAAGUGCGCUGGUUUUACCACACGAUUUUUCUCAUUUUGUAACAAUAGUUGAAGGGUUGAAUAUGAGCGAAAAUACUUUAGUUAUUUUGAAAACUCUGUUGGCAUUUCCAGUUGUGUAUCAUGGCUGCAAUGGUGUUCGACAUUUAUUAUGGGAUAAAGCUAAAUUUUUAACUAUUAAGGAGGUAUAUGCAACAGGUUAUGUGAUGCUAAUAGCUUCAAUUGGUGUAACAAUUCUUUUAGCUUUACUGUAGAUCAUUAUCUAACAAUUUGCUACAUGUAUGAAAUUAAAGUUCGUUAUGAUUAAAAAACUGUAGUCUCAUUGGAAA